AUGGCGUCCAACGACGACCCCAUCGAGGUCACCGACGAGCUCUCGGCCGCCGAGGAGAACCAGGUUAUCAAUGAGCCUCGACCGCGAACUAACAAACAGCACGCCCUUCCUUUACGACACCGUCAUCACCCAUGCCUUGACGUGGCCGAGUCUGACAUGCCAGUGGCUGCCGGACAUGGAGAGGAUGAGGAUUACACUGUCCAUCGCAUGAUCUUGGGCACGCACACUAGCGGACAGGCGGACGACCACCUUAUGAUCGCUGAGGUUCACUUACCGAAGGAUGGAAUUGAGGGACGGGAUAUUGGAGAGCUGUACGAUGAGGAGAGGCAAGCACGCAUCCGCGUGAAGCAGACGAUCAACCACAAGGGCGAGGUCAACCGCGCGAGGUAUAUGCCGCAGAACCCCGACCUCAUCGCGACCAAGACGGUUGACGGACCGGUAUUCAUCUUCGACCGCACGAAGCACGAGACCAAGGCGCCCGUCGGUGGUGCCUGCAAGCCGGACAUUACUCUCGUCGGACAGAGCAAGGAGGGUGCGUCUGAGGACACGACUGUCGCGCACUGGGACAUCCAGCAGUACAAGAAGGACGGAAACGGCAUCCCGCCCCUGCGCAAGUACACCGGACACUCUGCUUAUGUUGGCGACGUGGACUGGCACCCCGAGCACGACUACAUCUGGGACACGCGUUCGGAGAACUCUGCCAAACCCGCGAGCCAGGUCGAGGGGCACACGGCCGAGGUGAACGCGGUCGCCUUCGCCCCGUCGUCGCCCUACCUCCUCCUGACCGGCUCGAGCGACAAGACGGUCGCUCUGUGGGACAUCCGCAAGAUCUCGCUCAAGCUGCACUCCUUUGAGGGGCACACCGACGACGUGCUGCAGGUCGCGUGGUCGCCGCACUCGCCCGUGCACUUUGCGUCGGCGGCUGGCGACAGGCGUGUGAACAUUUGGAACCUGGACGCGAUCGGCGCCGAGCAGACGCCCGACGACGCAGAGGACGGACCCCCCGAGCUCAUGUUCGUCCACGGCGGCCAUACCGCCAAGGUCAACGACAUCUCGUGGUCGCCCAUGGCCAAGUGGCACAUUGCCACUACCGCCGAGGACAACAUCCUCCAGGUCUGGGAGCCCAGCAGGCACAUUCGCGCUGCGGCCGAGGCCGACGUCAACGCCAUGGACCUCGAGUAG